CCAGGUUUCCAAACCGUUAUCUCGGAUGCCUAUGUUAGGGCUCCGUUACAGUGGUUUUCUUUUCUCUCUCGUGUAUCAGCGGAAGGAAGGAAGUCGUGAGGACCGGCGCGCGCACGCGAGCGGUUUUCGGAGCGCGGAGCAGCGCGUGCUCACCGGGACCGCCGCGCCGUCUAGCCCGCGGGAAGGAUUUCACACUGCCGGGGGAUAUAACUUCCACCGGAACCGGACUGCGGUGUGGGAUGUGCAGGGGUUUUACUGACCGGGCUGAGUGUGUGUGUGUGUGUGUGUGUGUGUGUGUGUGUGUGAGUGUGUGUGAGUGUAUGAGCCCGAGACAGAGAGACAACUGAGUCACAAAGACCGGGAACGCUCGCGCAUACGCGCGACCAGGCGCACGCACGCACACACACACACACACACACACAGUCAGUCAAUGGGAAGUUUUUGGAUUUACCGGCUCCGAUUUGGACACUGAAGCACAUUCAGCUCAAGGUUAUCCUAUUAUGCCUGAGAUGAUGUAGUCGGUGUUCAGGGCGUUGCUCAUUGUUCUUUAUGGAGACAUCAGCAGAUCCACCCCAUCACCUUCUUUUUCUCCCUCUCCUCCUCAUCCUCUGUCUCCUCCUCUUCUUCCCGCUCCUCCUCUUCCUCUCCCACUCACAUGUGGGAGUGUGAGUUCCAUCAUGGCUCACACACACCACAGAUCCAGUCUCCUGAGCAUGGUGGCUGGGGAGCAUAGCAGGAUGAUGCUACCACUUCAGCAGGACUCUGUGAGUGUGUUAUCUCUCCUGGAGGUCCACAGAGAAACCCAGCACACUUUCGCUCCUCUGUCCUGCAUCAGACGCUCCAAAGUCUACAGCUUUGUCUUCGGCCUCACCAUCCUCUUCGUCAUCAUGGCCUCGUACGUGCUGAGCAGCGAGAGGAAGACCUUCCUCAUCACCUCAUCUCCGUAUCACACCAUGCAUAAAGGAGCACUGCUCUUCAACUUCUCCUCCACUAAAGACUCCACCCACAUCAGUCAGGUUCUGCACCGGAUCCUGUCCAAUCUAGACUUUAAUCCCAGGAGAGUUCCAGAUCUGAGAACGUUGGUCCAUAAUGAGCCACACAUGUUCUCUGUGAUUCCUCAUCGCUUCCUGCCAGAUGUGAAGAAUCCAUGUUGGUACAAGCAGCUGGACGGGAACGCCAGCGUGAACCCGUAUCAGAAGAACCUGUACGCUCUGUAUUCACGCCAGUCCCGCAUCGCCUUCCACAUCCUAAAGAGAAGCUUCUGGAAGCAUCUGCUCCGGCAUGAAGGGAAGAUGCUCCAGAUACGCUGCCUGCCCUACUUCUACAUCAUCGGCCAGCCCAAGUGUGGCACCACAGACCUGUACGAGCGUCUCCGCUUACACCCGGGCAUCCGGGUCAGCGCUCUUAAAGAACCACACUGGUGGACUCGCAAGAGAUUCGGUAUAAUCCGUCCCAGUGAUGGACUCCACGCUCGCUAUCCAGUGGACGAUUAUCUGGAUCUGUUUGAUCUGCCAGCACAUCACAUUCAGUAUCAGAUGUUGGCCAAUAGGACUGCAGGAGGAGUCCAUCGUGCCGACAUCAUCAUCGGUGAGGCCAGUGCGUCCACCAUGUGGGACAACAACGCUUGGUCCUAUUUAUACGGAAACGCCUCAGAAGCCGAGCCUCCCUUCCUCAUCCAGGACUUCAUUCAUGCUCUCCAGCCUGAGGCACACUUCAUCGCCAUCCUGAGGGACCCUGUCGAGAGAUUAUACUCGGACUAUCUAUACUUCGGCAUGGCCAAUAAAUCGGUGGAGGAUUUCCAUGAGAAGGUUUGGGAGUCCCUGCAGCUGUUUGAUGCGUGUCUGCAGGAGUUCAGCCUCAGAGCGUGUGUGUACAACAGCACACUGAACAACGCUAUGCCUGUGCGUCUGCAUGUAGGUGUGUAUGUGGUGUACGUGCUGGACUGGCUGUCAGUGUUUAGUCGUGAUCAGCUGCUGGUGUUGAGGCUAGAGGAUCACGCUGCAGAUAAGAGAACAUCCAUGAAACGAGUCUUCCAUUUUCUUCAGCUGGGUCCUCUCUCUGAGCAGAAGGAGGCGGAGAUUACAGAGCGUCCGGCAUCAAACACUCGCAGGUGUUUUUUCAGAUUCUGAUGUUCCUAAUCAUGAUGGUGAUAAACUCGACGUUCAACUCAUUGACCUGUCUCGUGCAUGUGUCUGUAUUCACAUCUACAUCUGGAGCUUCUUCUGCAGGCUAAUGUUCCAGUCCUGGCUUGUGCGAUAUGAACUUCUGUCAAAAUCUUCAUUGUAAAUAUCUAAAACUGAGCCAGAACUCUGAAUACGCUUCAUCUAGCCAGCACACUCGUGCUCUGCUGAGACUGCGCUGUAAUUCCUGUCCAUCCGACCCCCUUCGAGCAGGAACGUCUUGGCUUUAUACUCACCCCUCGAACGAGCCGCUGCAGAAUUGAGGAUAAUGAUGCUUAAAAUAAAGUUUCAGGAAGACAUCAGGUGGGCUUCCUGUGCUGGAGGAACCAAGGGAGGGAAUGGAAGUCUCAGCUGGAGAUGAACUGGUUUGCUCUGAACAGAUAUUUGCUGUAAGCAUAGUAGUGAUGAGUUGUUCAUGAACAAUUCCUUCAUUUCGAACGAGUCAUUAAUGUGACUCAGAAGUAGAAAAUGAACGAAUCACUCUUUGAGACGACUCGUUAAUUUUCUUCUGAGCAAAUAAUCUAGGGUCACGUACAGGAAACAGAAUUGAGUAGUUCAGUCGUUUCUUCUUUUAUCACGUGACUCCCAUAGACGCUACACAAUGCAAGGAAUCAUUUCUUUUCGGUACAAAUCUUGACAUUAUUGCUACGAUAAUUAUGGGAGUCACGUGACAAAAGAACUAACGAUACGGACCAGAAGAUAUGAAAGAUGAAGCUUCUCAUAUUGUUUAUCAUCAUGUCAUUGUCAUAUUUUCAUGAAUAGAACUUUAUUCAAAGUUGGUGAAUAUAGACAUGUUGGGGAUCUGCCUAUUGAAAAUAAUUUUCAAAGCAACAAAUGAACUAAUACAAAUAACUAAUUAACUAAAAAAAAAAUGUUUAUAUAGUCUCAAAAUUGCUUUACUCUCAUUGGCUAGGGAGCAAUGGAUGGACAGCCCCCUGACCAAGAAGUGAAUUAUCUAGAAUUCUGGAUGUGGUUCUAGAGUUUUUACAUUGUUUUGUAAAUGACUUAUCGUGUGAGUAUUUUUAUGAACCACAUUCAGAACAUUUUGAAUUGAAGACUUCCUGGAUCUGCUCAUUCAGCACUUUAUUAGUUGUGUGAGACUUAAUUAUUGUUUUAAAAAUGAAAUACACAUGAAUUUCUAAUGUUAAAAUAUGUAAAAUAUUAAAAACAUUUACUUCGUU